UAGACGUAAACAUAAACUUUCAUCAUGGCGUCUGUUGUGUUUUGUUUUUUAUUUCUGCUCAGUGUGUUUUUGCACACAAGAGGGUUUACUGAAGUUCAGCCACUAUCAGAUUCAUGCUACAAACCGAUGAAGGACCACAGACCGUCAUUCAUAAAGACAUACCCCCGACCUCAUGAAUAUGUAAAUGUCUCUGAUCUCCCCGCCUCCUGGGACUGGCGCAACAUUGAUGGCAAAAACUAUGUGAGCGUCACACGCAACCAACACAUUCCACAGUACUGCGGCUCCUGCUGGGCCAUGGGCGCCACCAGCGCACUCGCAGAUCGCAUUAACAUCAAGAGAAAUGGGGCGUGGCCUUCGGCUUACCUGUCGGUGCAGAAUGUGAUUGACUGUGGCGGGGCCGGCUCAUGCUACGGUGGAGAUCACAUUGGCGUAUACGGAUAUGCGCAUAAGCACGGCAUUCCUGACGAGACCUGCAAUAAUUAUCAAGCCCGAAAUCAAAAAUGUGACUCAUUUAAUCAGUGUGGCACAUGCUCGUCCUUCGGCUCCUGCUCUAUAAUUAAAAACUACACUGUGUGGAAAGUUGGGGACUAUGGAGACGUCUCAGGACGAGAUCGGAUGAAGGCUGAGAUCUACAAAAAUGGGCCAAUCAGCUGUGCAAUAAUGGCCACUAAAGGCUUGGAGGCGUACGUUGGAGGGGUUUUUGCUGAAUUUCACAUUCUGCCAAUGUCAAAUCACAUCAUCUCAGUGGCAGGAUGGGGCGUCUCAGAGGACGGGACUGAAUACUGGAUUGUCAGAAACUCCUGGGGCGAAUUCUGGGGAGAAUCGGGCUGGGCCAGGAUUGUCACCAGUGCAUAUAAGGGAGGGAAAGGCAACUGGUACAAUCUCGCCAUCGAGCACAACUGUGCAUACGGAGACCCAAUCGUUACGUAGAUCAGCAGGAGUCAUCUGGAGCAGUUCCUCUCAUAGUGUUAGAAUUGACUCAGUAUUGAAAUUGACCUGGAAUCAGACCUCACUGAGCACACACACACUAUGAACCUGUUAUUUAUAAUUGCUAAGAAAUCUAAUCUAAUUGUUUUGGGUGUAAAUAAUUGUGUCAUAUCAAAUAUGGGAGAUGUGUUAUAUUACAAUCUCUCUAGUAGAGUGAAAACAGAAUUAAGUGAUAGCAAACAAUUAAGUUACUUAAUUAUUUGUGACCAUGGACCACAAAAGCAGUCAUAAGUAGCACGGGAAUAUUUGUAGCAAAAGCUAACAAAACAUGGUAUGGGUCAAAAUUAUUGAUUUUUCUUUUAUGCCAAAAAUCAUUAGGAUAUUAAGUAAAGAUCAUGUUCCAUGAAGAUAUUUUGAAGAUGUUCCUACUGUAAGUAUAUAAAAGAUUUAUUUUUGAUUAGUAAUAUGCAUUGCUAAGAACUUCAUUUGGACAACUUUAAAGGUGAUUUUCUCAAUAUUUUGAUUUUCAAAUAGUUGUAUCUUGACCAAAUAUGGUCCUAACAAACCAUUGUUAAUUUAUUUAGCUUUCAGAUGAUGAAUACAUUUUAAUUAAAAAAAAAAAUUACCCUUAUGACUGGUUUUGUGGUCACAUUUUUUUUUAAAAAUCACCAUGUAACAUUUGCCAAACACCUAACAAUGCAAGGAUGAUACAGGUUGGUAAUUCUAAUUUAGUGUUGAAAUAUUGCACAUCAUAAAUCGUAAAUUGCACUUUACUAUAUUUGUUUUUGUUCUGUACAGAACAAAACAAAAUGAAAAUUCCAAAUGCCAAACUAAUAGUUUUUUCUCUUUUUGUCUUAUUCAGUCAUUGAAUGAACCCUCUAACCUAUUAAAAAUGUGUCAUAUUUCAUUUAAAGGGAUAGUUUAACCAAAAAUGAAAAUUCUGUGAUCAUUUACUCACCCUCAUGUUGUUUCAAACCUGUAUGAGUGUCUUUCUUCUGUUGAGUACAAAAGAUGAUAUUUUGAAGAAUGUUGAUAAAAAAAAUUUUUAAUUGACUUCCAGAGUAUAUUUUUUCAUAGUGGCUUUGCAAUGUACAGAUCAUACAGCAUGGACAAAUAUGAAUGUAUGUGUUUGUUAUUAAAUGCCAGACUUGCAUUGCAACAGUA